AUGUGCUUCUCAGAUCCAUCCCAGAAGGCGUACAAAAUCAACCGCGGAAGAGACGACGACGACCCAAGUCCCUACCACCUCCGAACACGCUCCAGCAUUCAACGCCAUAUGGACCGUUCACCGGCACCGACCGCCGAGAGCCGGAAGAAGAAUAACAAGCGGUACCCGAAGCGAUACAACGACACCGAGCAGCUCUUCAAAGAACCAAGUCUAUACGAGUAUCCCACCAAGUCGUGGCCGUAUGACCAGCAGAAUACAAAAGGGAAGGCGUUCAUGACUGUCAAUGGGCAGAGGGUCCAGGUCAACCCUGAGUUUACGCGCACGGUGACUGAUCGCAAUAAGAAUGUCAAGGGGGUCAUCUAUCAUCCCAGUGGGAACCCGUCGAAGUUUGUGCGUGCGAAGGAGGUGAAUCGGGGGAGGAGGCCUUGA